UGUAAGCUAGUGGCCACGUCUGAAAAGUCAGGUGCACCGACAUGGAUAAACAAGAUAAAUACAGUUUUUUAUAUAAAGGGCGUAGUCUCAGUUCACUCUCUCUCAUGUUGAGAACAAUGACGGUCAGCAUGGCUGACUCUGUAGCUGUACUGCAUCUCAUGUUACUACUAAAAACAGCGACUAGCUAGCGUCAAUAUGCCAUUUCCUCUUUUUUUAUAACACUCGAGGCUGUCUGGGCUUGUUGAAGCAUCUAAAAACUAAGAGCUUGUAUCUCAACUGACAGAAGACUAUAGAAAGGACGGGCCAUCGAGACUUAAACCAUUCCCUGUAUAAACUGCAAGACUGAUCGAUUGCUGGACCAAUCAGAAGAUGGACUAACCAUCAAACUUUCAUCAACACCUCACCUCCCUCCUAUCAGCCACCUGUCGGGCCCCUGUGGGCCCUCAGGCAGCAGGUGUGAUGCCGGGCGGUAGGCAAAACACGCGGCAUCCGCUGUGGCACCUCCUGUCUCCGUUCCGCAGCCAGCAGGAGCACGUGGUGCUGACCCGCAGCGACAGCCUGUCGGGGGAGCAGCUUCUGAAGAUCACCGUCACAGAGACCACGGUGAUCGAGGCGGAGUCAGGGGUCUGGAACUGGCGCAACAUUACCUACCUGGGCCUCUGGUACUUCUUCAGCUUCUGCACCCUUUUCCUCAACAAGUACAUCCUGUCACUGCUGGAGGGGGAGCCAAGCAUGCUGGGUGCUGUUCAGAUGCUCUCCACCACCAUCAUAGGCUUCCUAAAGAUGUUUGUACCCUGUUGCCUUUACCAGCACAAGUCCAGAACAGAGUACCCCCCCAACUUCAUCAUGAUCAUGCUGUUUGUUGGACUCAUGAGGUUCACCACUGUGGUUCUGGGCUUGGUGAGCCUGAAGAAUGUGGCGGUGUCUUUUGCAGAGACGGUGAAGAGCUCGGCUCCCAUCUUCACUGUGAUCAUGUCCAGGCUGAUCCUCGGGGAGUACACAGCGCUGUGGGUGAACCUGUCCCUGUUCCCCAUCAUGGCGGGCCUGGCUCUCUGCACAGCCACGGAGAUGAGCUUCAACAUGAUUGGCUUCUCCGCGGCGCUCUCCACCAACAUCAUGGACUGUUUGCAGAACGUAUUCUCCAAAAAGCUGCUAAGUGGAGACGGAUACAAGUUCAGCCCUCCGGAGCUGCAGUUUUAUACCAGUGCCGCAGCAGUCAUCAUGCUUAUACCUGCCUGGCUUUUUGUCUUGGACAUCCCAGUGAUCGGGAAGAGUGGCCGAAGCUUAGUCAUCACUCAGGAUGUUGUCCUGUUGCUGCUUUUUGACGGCGCCCUGUUCCACCUGCAGAGUGUCACCGCCUACGCGCUCAUGGGACGGAUUUCCCCCGUUACCUUCAGUGUUGCCAGUAGUGUGAAACACGCCCUGUCGGUGUGGCUGAGCAUCAUCGUGUUCAGCAACCACAUCACCAUCCUCAGCGCCGCCGGCACCGGCCUGGUGUUCCUGGGCGUCUUCUUGUACAACAAGGCCAGGCAGAUCCAGAGGACCACCUUACGGGUCCUGGCUGCCGAGCAGAACCAAAAAACUCUUCUGCAGGAACAGAUCUCCCCCUCCUCUCAGUCACACUGACGACUCAGCACUGAAGACUGAAAAUGCUGCCUGAACAUUGGAUCAAGGUAUUAAAACAAAGGUUCUGUUUGUGGCUGACCAGACGGGUGUACGGGAUAUUUCUUCAUUGUGCGUGCACAUAUUCCACAUAGAGGAUCACUUAUGUUCCCCUGGAUCCGUUUUAAAUGUCUUACCCCUAAAAUCUCAAUUUGUAUAUGAAUGACUCUUCCCGUUUUAACUUGAAUUAUUGAAGAAAACUAAUGUAUUCUUGCAUGCGUCCACGGUGAACCAAGAAUGAAAAAACAGGCAACAUCUGUGAUGAAUUUAAUUAAAUGGCGGCCGCGUUUAACGACAGCAACAUAUCAUCACAUUUGAAUGAAAAGUUGUUUGGAUAUAGUUUUGCCUUAACGCGGCCUUCCUCUCCUUCCAUUCAUCAAGAACCAGUUUUGUUUUUUUUCCGUUCACCAUGGAGGCAUACGAGAAAAACAGGUCGGUGUUUGUUUGACAAAUCCUUCCCUUGUCCUGUGCAACAGUAUAGACAGUAUUUCUUUAUCCCUAGCUAGAUUAUGUGCUUACACUUACACAUCCUUGGCUUUGUCUUAUAUGGGUCAGUUAAAGGGGAAGCUCAGGGUGUCCUUCAGCUGAAUGAAGGAAGUGACUUCUGUAAGAUCUCUGUCUUACAUCUGCAUUCCAGAGUGUUUCUCUCUAUCUGUGGCUGCUGCUGAAUGUAUGCUGUUGUGAAUAUCUGUAAAGCAUUGAAGCUGUAAGAAUAUAAUUCUGUGGUACACUGUAUCAUACCUGUGUAAACAAUCUGAAUAUGAGAUCAUAAGGUUGCCUGAUACGAGGCCAGUCUUGCCUUAUGACACAUUUUUUAUUUAACAAUGUGUGAAAUAUUUUAAAGCCACAUACUGCAUUCUACGAAUCUCCAAGAAACAACUUGGGUUUUAUUUUUGUUGUCCUGCCUAUCAGAUAAUCUCUAGAAUUGUUGGGAUUAGAAGGGACACUGUAAAGCUAUUACGCAAUCCGUCUGUUAACGAUCCAUCGAAGUUAACAGACCAACUCCCUGAUUCAACCAUGACCCACUGUAGUUGUUUGCCCUCUUGUGUAAUGAAGGUUUUAUUAGCGAUAACACAGAUACGGUUUGCUUUUCUGUCCUCAUUGGAUCUAUUAAAAGCCAUAUCACUGUGUCCCCAGAUGUCAGUUAACUAUGUCGUUAUUACAAAUAGCACAAGAUAUGGCCUGAACAAAAAUAAAACCCAACUUUUUGUCCCCUACACAAGUGGUGUUGGGUUCAGUCUUCUCGUCUGUGUUUUGGUAGGACAAAUCCCUGUUGACCUUUGUCAGUCUGGCAGUUACACGGUUUGAGCAUUUUCAUUAUGCUCUACUUUUCUGCCUCAAGAAACUGUCUUUUUUCUUUCUUUCUGAUGUGUUGUGCUAAGGCAUCCGUUCUUAAUUUUGACUAUAAAGGUUAUCUGACUUGAACAUAUUUUCAUUCAUUUCAUGUAUUUUUUCCUUUCUAAUGUUGACAAUUUGUUUCUUGGUGCCUUUAAAAUCCAGGUGUAAGAAAAUAUUUGAUAUUGAUACCCUACAAAUGUAUCUUUCUACAUUUAUUUUCCAUAUUAAGUCUUCGGAAUUAUGUUUGGAGAGGUAAGUCCAAAAUGUUUUUGAGUAUUGUAUCAUUAAAGCUUCAGAAGUGGAAGUGUUGAGGUAGAAGAGAGCAGUUAUAAACUGUUUGAGUGUGCAUAUCAAAGAUGUAAAAUAUCCACUUAUGUAACUCUAGGGAGUAUACUGUAUAUUUAUGUUUGGUGGACACUGUACAGAGAAUAAAAGUAUUUUUAAGCAUA